AUUUUGAUGUUUCUUGAGUAUUUUAGGUUAGAUAAUCAGCUUGAAUAUGAAAAUAAUUAUCUGCUGCAUAUGUUUGGUGAUAAUCAGAGAUAAACCCUUCUAGUGAUAAUUUUCUCAGGUGGGAUGAGAAAACUAUUUUUUAAGAUGAUUGGGUUGAAGAGAAAUCUACCACUCGUAGUCAUAUUAGGUUCUACUGGAUCAGGAAAGACGAAACUAUCACUUGAGCUUGCUCAAAAAUUUGAUGGAGAAAUUGUUGGAGCUGAUUCAAUGCAGAUUUACAAAGGGCUUGAUAUAUCUACUGCCAAGGCUACUCCCCAGGAGCAAUCUGUAGCCCCUCAUCACCUGAUUGAUAUUCUUGACCCUCAUGAAACCUUCACAGUGACUCAAUACCGCAAUAAAGCCCUUAAUGUGAUUCAAGACAUACUAGAUAGAAAUAAAUUGCCAAUUGUAGUUGGAGGAACAAAUUACUACAUUGAGGCCUUGCUUUGGAAGAUACUUAUAGAUAAUGAUCAAUAUGUAAAUACUCAUGGCAUCUUACCUCACAAUGAACAUGAACUGCCAAGUGAAGUUUUGCAUCAGAAACUCAAGGAUUUGGACCCCAAAAUGGCUAUGAGAUUACAUCCUAAUAAUAAAAGAAAAAUUAUAAGGUUACUAUUAAAUAUCAUACUCAAAAUUUUCGUUGUAUGCUGCAUAUUGUCGUUGUUGUUUUGAUGAAAACUGCUAUGUGUUUAGAAGUAGCUUAUACAGAAUGACAUAAAAAAUCUCCUAAAUUUAAAUAUAAUAUAAUAA